AUGAAUGGGAAAUUGGUGUCUCUCAACACCAGUAACUAUCCAUGGAAAGCAUAUCUCAAAGUACUGUUGUCCAGUGGAGAGGACGUGACCCAAUCUCAACUUCAAUCCCAAUUGUACUACCAGGACGGUUACGACAUGGACGAUCCCGAUGCUGCUACGGGAUCAAAUGCUGGUUUGCUGUAUAGGUAUGAAUAUACACAGAAAAGUCGAAUUUUUGACAUUGAAGGACCACUGUACGAAGACAUAUUUAGAUUGGACAAGUACCUUGUCAAUGGAGUCGACUUACACCUGAAGCUAUUUCGUAACAGGGCUCCAUUCAUAGUGAAGAGUGGAGAAACCAGUCCAGCAUAUAAGCUUGAAAUACAAGACGUGGCAUUCAAAGCUUGCAUGGUCAGGGUGGAUAGUGGCGUGCUCAUAAACCAUGCUGAAAUACUCAAGGAGGUCACGGCAAAAUACCCCCUGACGAGAACAGAGGUAAAGAUGAACACAUGUCCAUCUGGAUCGGGAACCUUCAUUUGGCAGAACGUUUGGUCCAACAAUCUACCUACAAAAGUGUAUUUUGCUUUCGUCAAACAGACGGCCGUGAACGGAGAUUACACUAAAAAUCCAUUUAAUUUCCUGAACCUUGCACAGGAAAUAGGUAUCUACGUCAAUGGAGAGAGCAUACCUGCUCGUCCCAUUAAGAUGGACGUGGGAGACAACAGGAAUUACGUCACACCAUUCGUCAACCUGUUUGAAGUUGCCGAGAAAUGGAACCAUGAUUCGGGACUUAUGAUUACAAGAGAAAAUUUCAGUAAAGGAUUUGCGAUUUACGGUUUCAAUCUAACACCCAGUGGUCUUGGAGAGGAAUAUAUAAAUCUGGUCAGGCAGGGUUGCGUCAGACUCGAGGUGAGGUUUGCAAGCAACACCACGGAAACCCUAAACUGUGUAGCCUAUGCGGAAUUCCCGGCUCUCAUAGAGAUCGACCAGUCCAGGGACAUUAAAUACACACAAGUAUGA